UGCGCGACGACCUCCUUCUGGCUCUUGACCCCUCCGCCAUUGGACUUCUCUGUCCCUCACCUGCGACCUCCACGCUUCAUUCUCUCCCUUUAGAACCCUUUUCCUUUUCCAGUGGUCUUCAAGAUGCCCGCCACGGCGUCCCGUGCCGUGCUUCGGCAAUCGCAGUUCAUGGUCCGGAGGACCGCUGUCAGGCACGCCUCCUCCACCUCCGAGUCUGCCUCCAAGGCUGGUGAGGCUGCUUCUUCGGCUGCCUCGAAGGCGUCUGAGGGUCUUUCUCGCGUCUCUUCCUCCGCCGGUCCCGCGCUUAACAACGCCGCCAGCGCCCUGAGAAAGGUCGGUGGAAGAACCGGAAAAGUCAUCUCCUUUGUCGAUUGUAAGACGGCCCUUCCCUUCUGGUUCUCAUCAGAGGUCUCGAAGCAUCCUGACCCCUAAUGGGCGAGAUGAAUUGAUUUGGCCAUGCCCGAUCACAUCUCCUGGCCUCCUUGAUGAGACCCACAAGCCUGCGGUUCUGCUCCGUGGGAGCCGUCAGUCCCUCCUGGCAUUGCUAACCAUUGACGAUGUUUAC